CUCCACAGCUGCUCCGACCCUUCCCUGUUUUUCGCGGGUCUCGUGUCCCCUCAGCCUUUUUCCCACUUCUCUCUUCUCCUCCUUGCGGCCUCGUGUGUGUGUGUGACUUUUUUGGGGGCAAACAAUGUGUUGUUCGGUGGGUUUCGCCCGCUCACUGGGUCUGGCCCUGCUACCUCUGGCCCUCUGCUGUAUCCUUGCCAACCUGCUGUUGCUCUUUCCAAUGGGAGAGAUCAGCUACAUCCAGCAAGACCGCCUGGACAGCUAUAUCUGGUACUUUGGUGGACUGGGUGGCGGAGGACUUCUGAUGUUGGUACCAGCUGUUGUUUUCAUCACUCUGGGAAAAUGUAGCUGCUGUUGGAAUGAGAGUUUGAUGAUGUGUGGGUCAGUGUUGGCAGCUGUGGUCGGCCUGGUGGGGUCUGGCUACUGUUUCGUCAUGUCGGGUUUCGCCCUGUUGCAAGGUCCCCAGUGCUUCACUGCUAAUGGAUGGUCACAUCCCUUUGCAAACCAAGGGGGCAGGUAUCUGCUGCAGCCAGAGACCUGGUCACUGUGUCUUCAGCCACAUCAUAUCAUAGAGUGGAACGUGACUCUGCUGUGUGUUUUACUGGGUUUGGCUGUGAUGGAGUUCAUCAUCUGUCUCCUGCAGCUGGGCAACGGCGUGGUGAACGCCGUGUGUCGGCCUUGCUGCUAUAAGCAGGAGUAUCGUCUCAACGCAUAGACCUGUGCUCACCUGCGCUGACAUGACAUACUUGUACGUGCUCACAUCCAAUUAGGCUUCACUACCCAGCACUGUGUGUGUAUGUAUGUGUGUGUGUGAGUGUGAGCACAACACAACACAUGAUUUAGACACAAUCGCACAUGUGCUAUCGUAAAACAGACAACGGACAACUUUGUCAGUGUAACCAUUUACCAGCUUUCAGUUUGCCCCAAUUGAUUAUAUGCACAGUCGCUUAGAACUUCUGCUUAAAGGUAGGGUGGGAGAUCAUUUUCUGGAGCAUUUCUUUACUGUAUUGCUUCACAUCCCCCGAUAGUAAUGCAUUGUCACAAGAAAGAAAAAAAUGUCAGUCACCAGUGGAGUGGAUAGGCCUGUAAAACGCCAUCCAAUCAUAUUGAACGGCUCGAACGAAACAAUUGGAUCGUAAUGCGUCAAUCAAACUGCCAUCUAACCGCCCUCCACCCUACGUGCGGACCCCUCUUUGUGCAUUAAUCGCACAUGUUUAGAAGUCAAUGCCAGAGCUUAUGCUAACUUGCUAAAAAAUGAAACGGGACGGUUGCAGGCUUGGUCGCAAAUGAAAGACAUUUUUUUUGUGGAAAGCUACUGCCAUGAAAAAGGCUGCUGCAGAGCGACCCAAGACCAGAGUGAACAACGGUCAGCGACAGAAUGAGCCGCAAAGUGAGGCCAUGGUGGCGCUGUUUCUACUGGACAGGAGGGUUCACUUUGUGUCUUUGUGCUCCUUUGAGAGUAUUUGUUGUUUUUCAGCAUCAGCGUUUGAAAGUUUCCAAAAAAGUUAGCAUCACGGGAAAGUGCCCGAACCUUAACGAUGCUGUGCAGUGCUGCUCGUGAAUCCGUGUGAAACCGACAUUCUUCGUGAGCAAGCGUUGCGCGUUAAUGUGCUUCGGAGGCGUAGCUCUGGAGGGAAGUCUGAAGAAAGGGACUCUUGAAUUCAAAACUUAGCCUGCUCCAGCAGGAGUCCAUUACAUUACAUUACAUGUCAUUUAGCAGACGCUUUUAUCCAAAGCGACUUACAAUAAGUGCAUUUAAACAUUCGGGUACACAUUUGGGAGUCCAGGAUCUCCAACCCUACCUUUAAAAAUAAGCCAGCUCCUUUUUCUUACGGUAAGUUGUCGCUAAUGGGGACGAACUUGGACUUUUUAAGUUACAUUAUUAAUUAAAACUUCUCAUAUCAAUUGAAAAAGUGCCAUUGUCUUUCUUAGUUAGCCCUGAGGGAUUCAACACAGCGUAAUUCGCAAAAAGCCGUUCAUAAUUAAGUGUUGCACUGCUGUGCGCAGCCUCUGCUAAAUUCUUGAAUUUGUUGCUAAACACUUGGUAACAUUUCUGCAUCGUUGGCUGACAACAUACCGGAAAAUAGUCGAGCUGGCUUAUUAAAAAACCAGGAAGCGACCUUGCAAAUAUUCAAUUAAAGUGGCAAAAUCACUAUGCAGUCAUUAUUGACACUAGAGUGUUUGUCCAGAGAAUUAUACUGGAGGUGUGCAUGUGUUUGUGUGUUUGUGUGUGUGUCACAACGAGGAGGCUGUACUUUAUUUUCUCGGGUGGUAAAAGCAGACAAAAAUCCUUGAUCGUAAUAAUGACGAUAAUAUGUUAUUUAAAUGACAAUGAUUUUCCCCUGCAGCUGUCACACGAUUGUGUGUUUAACACACAACAUCUUAAACUGUGCUAUUCAGUAUUUGUUUUAUUAGUUUUUAUGGUGAAGAAGAAGUAAAAUGCUAUAAAACUUUAGUCAAAGAUGAGUGACUUCAUGGAAUCCAAUAAUGUUUUGGCCAACGAUGGAAAUCACUUAAGAUGUCUUCCUGAUGUCGGCAGUCACCUCCUCUCAUAUAGUUGUGCACAUUUUACUGUAAUUGUAAUGUUCUCUCAAGCAUCAAUGAACAUGUUCAUAACUUUAUUUUUAAAAAAAAACCUAUUUUAUUUAACUGUUUCACAAAGCUCAUCAAAGUGCCAUUUCUGUUCAGUGUCAUUUUGUAGUUUCAACUUUUAUACACUUUCAAACGUGUGUUUGCUUUCAUUUUUACAGUAUUUUGUUGUGUGCAUUCAGUUUUGAGUUCAGUAUUUUAUACCAAAUUUUUAGUGACAUUAAAAGGUUUUAGUGACAUUUAUAUC